CUACCCCCCCGUUCCGACCCCCCAGAUCGUCAAGCCAAUCCUCCAUGGCUGAAUUAAAUGAUGGCGCAUUUUGAUAUUGCUCUCACUGAUGAUCUCGCUUCUCGAAGUUCCUCGUGGACGCAUGGAAGCUUCAAGCCACAGAUUCCUGACCCUGGUAACGGCCUAUUUGACCAGGGAAUGAUUCUCUCGGACGUUGUUCCUCGGCAGGUCUAAGUGCGGUGUGAGGCCCACAUCAUCUGUGCUUAACCCCAAGUAUCUCAUGACUGUCCCAGACUUUUCCCCAGACGGCUUCAUCUCUUACUUCCAAUCGUGACAAUUCUACCGUUUUGACGUUUCCACCAUGGACUCUUCCGCGGUUGAUAUGAAUAGACCCGAACGAAAAGCUUCUGCCCCCGUGAAAAGGAGGGUCAGCAGAGCCUGCGAUCAUUGCCACCGCAUGAGGACGAGAUGCAACGGCCAGGCGCCCUGCUCGCGAUGUAUCGAACUCGAAUAUGUGUGCCAGUACAACAGAGAGAAGAAAAGGAGGGGCAAGGUCCCCCGCCAUAUUCAGAAGCAAAGAGAAGAGGCUGCACAGAUCGGCCAGGGCUCUCUUCAAGAUGAAAAUGGCCUAUCCAUCCAAACUGGUGGUCAUUACGAUAGGGGUGAGUUGAUGACUGAAAUGGAUGAAGAAAUUUGGUCGCCCACGGAAUCUACGCCGAUUGCGCAACAUUUUCCCAGCGGCAAAGUCGAGGCACACAACGUAUCGUCCCCAGAGUGGCAGAACCUUGCUGCAGGUACCACUUUUAAUCCUCCAGUCAAUAAUAAUAUGAUGAUCGAUCCGCUCCUCUUGGGUGGCGAGAUGCACGGAAUGCCACAACAGCAACACAUGCACGUUGGCAUCCCGCGCAACGAAGAACUAAUGUUCGCCAUGCAUGAGAUGCAUUUGGUUCCAGAAAACGGUACUCCAGUUACUACGAUGCCUCCGGAUUUUGGAAACAUGGGUUAUCCUAUGCACUUCGCCAAUGUUCGACAGACAUCUCCCCACAGUUACGGAUCAGGCGAUACAGGCUCACCACAAUCCGGAGUGAGCGUCAAUUCUUCGCACCAUGGUGGCAGCGGCAGCGGCAGCGCAACGUGUAGAUAUCCGGUCUUAAAACCUUUAUUGCCUCACCUUGGCAAUGUUCUGUCUGUGCCAAUGGCGUGUGAGCUCCUGGAGUAUUACUUCCAGAGCUCCUCCUCAGUAUUUAUGGAACCAGUCUCGCCGUACAUCUUAGCCUCGGUUUUUCGAAAACGCUCGUUCUUGCGACAACACAAACCGAGGAAAUGCAGUCCAGCUUUGCUGGCCAGUAUGCUCUGGAUCGCCGCACAAACGGCCGAAGCUAGUUAUCUGACCGCGUCGCCAUCCGCACGGGGUAUCAUUUGCCAAAAGCUAUGGAAACUCACGGUCGAGCUGUUGAAACCUCUUGUGCAUACACCAUCUGGGACCUCCGGAUUUACUCAGGGAUCGGGUGGCAUGGUCAGUCCUGCCCCACACGACGCAUUCGGCGUGGACAGGGUAAUGGGACGAUAUGAAGGGCGAUCAGAUGUCGGGAUGCCACCCACUAGCAGUCUCGAUGAUGUUGCGACAUAUUUUAAUCUCGGUUUGGUGACCUCUGCAAGCGAAUACAAGGCGGCGUCGCUUCGUUGGUUCCACGCUGGAUGGAGCCUGGCAAGAGAGAUGAAAUUAGGUCGAGAGAUAUCCUCUGAUCCCAGAGAUCGCGAUCCAAAGGCACAAGACGGCACGGAGCAAGACAUUGGCAUGACGGAUGGAUCCAAUCCGACAUCACAAGUCCCGGUAGGAACACCGGCGGCCGCGAUCAUCGAGGAGAUGAAGGAGGAGCGUCGAAGGCUGUGGUGGCUUCUGUAUAUGAUCGACAGACAUUUGGGACUUUGCUAUAACCGACCUCUAGCAAUGCUAGACAACGAAUGCGAAGAGCUGUACCAACCUGUUCCGGACACAAUAUGGCAAGCCGGCGAAUUUUUCACAGGAACGUCCACACCGCGAAGGAAGGGACUCAGCUUACAAUGUACUUCCCACGAUGUAUUCGGCUUUUUCCUGCCCCUCAUGACAAUCCUUGGCGAUAUCGUCGACCUCAACGCACAGAAGAACCAUCCCCGAUUUGGUCAGCGGCGGACAUCAAGUUGGGAUCUACAGGAAUCCGAGAUCACACUCCAACUCGAAAGAUACGCAUACAGUCUUGAGGAGUUCAAGCUUCAAUAUGGUUGUGGAUCUCCAAAUGACGAUGCCGGUAAUAGUAUGAGUGGAGCGUCCGAUCAAGUUCGAGGUGAAUGGAUACAUCAGACGAGAAAGGUAGCGGCGUAUGCGACACAUAUCAUGCAUGUCCUCCAUAUAUUGACACAUGGUAAAUGGGAUCCGGUAUCACUCCUGGACGACAACAAUCCAUGGAUAUGUUCGCAGUCUUUCUUGAAGGCGACAUCAAAUGCGAUUUCCGCUGCUCAUGCCGUGGAAGAGAUCCUCGAGCUAGAUCCGGAUCUUUCUUUCAUGCCGUACUUGUUCGGAAUGUAUCUUCUUCAAGGAAGCUUGAUCCUUCUCUUACUGGCGGACAAAUUGUCGACGGAUACCAACGAGCGAGUCAUAAAGGCUUGUGAAACCAUUGUCCGAGCUCACGAGGCGGCUGUGGUGACAUUGAACACCGAGUACCAGCGAAAUUUCCGCAAGAUAAUGAUUUCCACGCUCUCACAGAUCAAAGGCCACGCUCACUCUCGGGAGAUGACUCCUGCAAAGCGGCGAGAGGUGCUCUCUUUGUAUCGUUGGACGAGCUUGGGCAACGGUAUUGCAAUUUGAAAAGAUCUGACGAAGGGAUGAUGGAUGUAUGAAUGUAUUAUAGCAAGCCUUACAUUGAUUUUUUUGGGAUUUUGGCGAAGCGAUGGAGCGUGGGCUGGACUUUCGGGUUGCAUGGCAUGUCGGGGGAAAGGGAAUAUCUGCAUAGUUUAAUACCACGAACACAUUAUCACACCG